AGCAAGAAGGUGACACAAGGCAGGAUUUAUUCAUGCUUUCAUGUCUUUUAUGCCCAUUUCGGACCCUGCCAUCUUGAUGUCACAGCAGAAAUCAAAACACAUGAAACAAGGCAAUCUUUUCUAAUCUCCUGUUGUGCAGUUUUGGUGAGCCCAUGUGACUUUCCGGACAGAAAAGCCCCUGGUGCAGUCUUCUGCUGCUCUAGACCAUCUGGUUUGUGUUCAGAGAUGCUCUUCUGCGUACCUUGGAUGUAACCAGUAGAUCAACAGUAGAUCUACAAUCUUCGGUUUUGAACACAUCUCAUCUUGAAGAAAUUUCUUCAAAUUUGCCAAAAGCAUACACUUGGACCACAAACAAUUUAAUAUUUGGAGGUCAAAGGUCAAAGUCAUCAAGUCUUUAUGUCUUCUUAAUUUCAGCAAUGCCUUGAAGGUAAGAGGUCGAAACACAAAGAUGGGGACCAAUAAACCCUGGUGGUAGCUAAUAGUCCACGCUGACCUUCAGGCUCUGGGACAUAAUGAACCACAUCUGUCAUAAUUAAGCACUGGUACAUGAUUUUUAAAGCUGUAACCAGAAUUAUAGGUCACCGGUUAGAUGUCUGCAUGCAAAAGCCGAGCAACAAAGGUUAAUUAAUCCCAUGAAUAAAGAGGAGAGUGAAAAGAGGGAGAGAGACAGAGAGAGAGCAGAAACCAAGCGCGCAGCACGGAUAGAGUUUCUCCCGGCGAGGGAUCACUUUGACCUCCAUGGAUUCAGUUUCCCCUUCCUUGUGACUCACACGUCAAAGCUACACGCUACACGUUGAUGCAACACAACGGUGGGAGCAACUAUGAUGCUUUUUCUUUUCUUUUCUUUUUUUUUUCUUUCUUUUUAAAUUGUGGGAUAAACUUAUGGUGAUCGCCGAGCGCGCACUGCGGUUCCUGCCUCGGGGCACCAUGGGCUCGUAAGAUGCCUUCUCUGUGGAAGCGGAUAACAUUCUCGGUGGCCUCGGCGCUCUGUAUCGGCUCGGUGGUCCUCUUGGUGGUGGCUUUAUCCACGGAGCGGUGGGUUACCGGGCGGAUCCUCUGUAAAACCGGGGUGGAGAUAGUGAAUGCGUCAAAUCCCGAGCUGGACCAGUUCAUCGGGAGCAUUUAUUACGGAUUGUUCCAGGGAGGAAAGACCAAGAGGUGCGGGCUCGGGGACAGGCGGUCCAAAAUUUACAUUUUCCCAAAGCUUGUGCGGACACUGAACGGGGGCCUCCACAUGAUGGUGAUCCUGUUCCUGCUGGUGGCUGUGGGUUUCGCGCUGGUCAGUCUGUCUUUCUGCAUUUACAACGCACGCAAGGUUCCAUACCAGAGCAUCAAAGGGCACAAGGGACUCUAUCUGUGGAACUUCAUCGCUGCUCUGUUUGGUGCCCUGGGUGUUCUGUGCUUCCUGGCAGCUGUCAGACACCACAGUCUGACAGAGCGAGUGGCAAACUUUAGGGAGCACCUCUUCGUCCUCGUUGUCUUGGAUGACAGUCUGGACUGGUCUUUCUGGCUCGGCGUAGGCAGCAUUGCAACUCACUUUGCUGUCUGUGGAGUGGUCGCGAUGAGUCGUAUCAAGCUGCCCAAACCGGAGAUCAAAAAACCUGAAGAACCGACUGUCUCUGCUGUGGACCUGCUGUACUGAAGAAUAUUGUUUUUUAGCAUUUUCAUCACUAAUGAUGGACAAGCGCCAACCGUCAAAACAAAAUAGUGCCAGGGCCCUGUUCCUUUGAAGCUGUAACUGAGUUUUAGGUUAAUUACAGCCAAAAUUACUGAGUCAUAACUACAUAAAUUAACAAGUUGGGACUAAAGUGGCGCCUAACUCACAUACAAAGCCCAGGCAAAUUCGUCCUUACCUUGAUGAUCAUGCAGCUGUUUGAAAUGACUAAUGUAUUAGUAUAAAUCUGGCUUUGAUGCAUAUGGAUUUAUACAUUGUUAUGUUUGAUUUUUCAGAGUAAAAGUCAAGCUUAAAAGUAAACAUGCCAAAUCUCAUACUUUGAAUGAGUGCUGCAGUGUGCAGCACAGAUCCUAAAGUCAGUAUGAAAAUAUAUAUUUUUUUCUUUUAAAUAGUCGUGUAAAUAAAGUGUUAAUGUGUAAUACUAUGUUCGUACAUCAUGAAUUUAAUUCGGACACUUCAAAGCUCAGCGAUACAUGUCUGCAAAAGAGCAUAGAGGGUUACUUUAGUUAUGUCAAUCAUUCACACUAGAAGAAGAUUCACUCUCCUUGGUCAGUCAGUUCAUGCAGGAGACAGACAUCGAGAUAGAAGAGAUGGACUGAAUGAAUGAAAAGGCUGCAGAGCGUCCAUCCUGAAUUACACCUUUUACCGCAUUCAUCAUCUACAUAUUGUUUGCAAAUACAUGAUUAUUUUCCAAUCAUAUUUAUGUGUUGACAAAGACAGAGUAGUGUCUCAAGUACGUGGUCUCUGUCAGGUCCUUUUCUGAUGCUUUUUAAAAUUUUAUUUAUUGAUAUAUUUUAUUUACUUAUUUCAUUUUUAAAAAGUUUUAAAUGCUGAGCUUGAGAGAUUCUUAGCCGAUGAUGCAAUAAAUAAUUGUAUGAUGUGCUUAAAUAAAGGACAGUGCUUUUAAGUAAAGUCUUCCUAUGCAGCUUUCUAUGAAGACAAAAAAAGUUGUUUGUUAGAAAAAAAGUGAAAAAAUUAUUUUGAAAAAGAGUUCAUGUUACAUCAGCAGGCCGAACUAUUUCAGAGUCUUCAAGAUCUAUUCUCCCUUCUUCAUAGAAACGUGUGUUCAGGCGUCUGUAUAUAAGAUAGCAUUAAACAUCAAGUGCUUACUUUUUUGUGACUAGUUUAUGACUUCCCUGGACACCAAAGCUUUGUUUUUCUUCUUAAGAGACUGUCUACAGCAGGGGUGGACAAUCUUCCCAAAGAAGGCCACAUGAGAAACUGAGACUGUUUCUUACGUGGCCUGACAUUAAUUUGAACUUUUUCUAAUUUACUGGACUGUCCCUCAAGAAUAGUUUCUAAUGUGACCCCAUUGGGAAGAUUAACUACCCACCCCUGGUCCACAACAUAUAACGUCCGAUAUCCCUUCAUUCACACACAUAUACACAUGGUUUAAUGAUGUUAGAGAAUCCCCUAAAAAUCAUUCCAUGUAUACAGUUAACUUUUAUAAUGGAGACGUG